AUGCGAGAUUCUUCAAAGAUAGAAAGGGGUGAUUUUCAAAACGGAGAGUUAAAACAAGAUGCUGGUGUUGGUGGGUAUUUCAACAAGAUCAAGAAUGUAUUAUUUCAUCGCAACCAAGAUUCUCGCAAGGAUGAUGACGCUGAAAUCAAAGAUACAGGUAGUGCAAGUACCCCUAUUACGAUAGAUGAUGUAGAAAUAACAGACAUUCUAUCUACAGACUUUGAAGUCUCUGAUAAGAGGAGGAGACUAUCUAUUCAAGGACACGCACCUAUGGAAUCAAUCCCUCGUUCCCUAUCUUCCUCCACUCAGCAAUAUUUAGCAAGGAGGGGUUCUAAUUGCUCCUAUCUGACGUUACGAAGUAACUUCAAUACAAAUGAGGAAGAGAUCCAUAAUGAUUUGGAACGGCGAAGAUCGAUAAUACAGGGAGGAGGUAUCGAUGGUUUUGGAAGCGGAAGCGGAAACGGAAACGGAAACGGAAACGGAAGCGGAAGCGGAAGCCGAAACAGAAGAGAUGAGUCGCCAUGUCUAAAUUUACCGUGCGUGAGAAUGACUAGCCAAGAUGGCGGCAGCGAGUUGUUGGGAAAAGACUCUUACUUGCAAACUGACGACGAGGUUUCGAGAAAUGGGUGGAUUAUUCCCGAUUAUAAAAGAACAACUUUUGGCAAAAUUGAUCCAUUAGAACGCAACCGAGUAAUAUAUUUAAAACGUUCAAUGGAGGUUUUGGAAAAGGCAAAAAAGAGGACCAAGUAUAUGAUUAAUCCCAAUGAGACUACAAGCGAACCCUCGGAUGAUAAAAAGCGAGUCAACAGCGGGACACAAACGCACGAUUUGGAAUACCUCAAAUCCAGUUUGCAUUUUAAACAAAACCGCAAAAGGAAAAUCGAAGAGAAGGAGUUGCUGCUGCUGCUGCUACUACUGCAACCAACAAAGCGACAAAAGAAGAGAGGGUUUUAUAUGAAAGAUUUUUUAUAUGAUGUAAGUAGUCAGCGGCAGGAGAAGGAGAAGGAGAAGCCUGAACAGGAGGAUACUGACACAAUUGGUUAUGCUAAUGAGAUUAGUAAACCGAGAUUUACAACCAAGGCAGAGAAGGAUGGAUCUAUUACAAAGCUAAGGCCACAAGAAGAUGAUGAUGGAGGUCAUGAUGAUCGUGGCAUUAGUGGCAUUAGUGGCGUUGGUUUAUUUGGCAAGAAGCAGAAUAAAGACAAGCCAUUUGUGUCUGAAAAAUUGAACUUAUCUCUUGAUGCAGAUUAUGUUCAAAAAAUGCGGUCUGUUGCAGAUAUCGUUAAGUUGAAGGAUAAAGUGGAGGAUGCAGAGCCAAAUAAGAGCACUGCGGUUCCAUCGUCGUCAUUUAAAUUCUCCAUUGAUAAUGAAAAGCUAGAAAAGAUUUUGACCAAGAAUAACGAGGAGAAUAUAGCAACAAGGGAUGCAGCAGCAGAAAGACAAAAGAGUGAACAAAAACAAGAGCAAAAAGAGUUGGAGAAAGCAAAUGAAAAAAAUGGAUUUACGCUCAAAUUUGGUCAACCUGAAAUUAGUAAGUCCAAGAUCAAUAGUAAUAAGGCGGCUACUCCGUUUUCGUUUGGAAGUAAAGUACUGACCAGUAACGGUUCACUAGAUUUUGGUUCUAGCAACAAUAAUAGAAAGACAGGUACAAGUCCAUCAUUUAAUUUUGGUAAAGUGCAACCUGAGGAAUUUAAUACGAAUAAGCUGAGUCAAAACGAAAAGCAACAGGUAACUGCUGCCCCUUCCCCUGCCCCUGCGCCCGCUGCUGCUAAGCCCACUGUUCCAUUUGUUUUUCGUCCGAUAGUUGGCGAUUCUCACAUUCCAAAAGAUGGAGACAAAUCCAAAGCGGAGUCAAGUGUAGUUGCUGAAAAGCCAGUUGAGAAGAGUGUCCCUUCUUUUGGCGAAAAGGCCCUGUCUGGUGGUGGUGGUGGUAGUGGUAGCUCUGGAACAUUCACGUUUGGUUUAGGUAAGACGUCUGACACGAAACCUGGGGUUGAUUCUAACACUCAGAUAUCCAUUUUAGGUGACGAAUCACAAAAACAGUUGAAUAAACCUAUUCUGUUUUUUGGUGCAAGUUCAAACAGUGUUAGAAAAGAAAAUGAUGUUGCAACUUUUGGUGGUUCUAAGCAAGGUCAGACUACAAGCAAUAUGUUCAACUUUGGCAAGACAAAAGAAGAUAAUAACAAGUCACAACAGCCAAGUACGCUAUUUACAUUUGACAAGAAAGUGAAUCAAGAGAAAAAUGAGAGUAAUAAUCCAGUGAGUUCGAAUUUUACGUUUUCAUUUGGCGGCAAUAAUAAGCCUAGUUCCGAGAAGGAAGAAAAAGAAGCAAGUUCAAUGUUAGAAAAGGAUGCCGGUGAAAAAGAUGCGUCAAAGUCCACCUCUAUUUCUGCAUUGGGACAACCAUCUACACAAAUUGUGACUGAAUCAAAAGAAAGCGAAUCUAGUAGUAAACCUCAAUUUUCAUUUGGUACAGCAUCUAAAACUACAGAGAAGGAUGCUACUGCACAACCAUUUGCAUUUGGAUUGUCGUCGGUGAAACCUUCUGUGGGAGAUACAAAAACACCCACUUUUAAUUUUGGUUCAGCUACAAAAACAAGUAGUGAUAAAGAAUUGAAUGGGAAAACUGUUUUUGAUGGUGAAAAGGCGCCAGUUUUUGGUUCGAGUAAAACACUGGGCUCCUUUGAAUUUGCUAGUGGAACCAAUCCUACUUCCGCUAAGUCGUCGUCGUCGUCGGCGGCGGCGCCGAUGACAACACCAUUUGUUUUUGGAGCCAAGCCACAAUCAUUUUCGCUGUUCCAAUCUCCACAAAUUCCUAAACCGGCAUUUGGCAAUGUAUUUACAAACAAGCCUAUUGAGAAUAAUACUAGUAGUAAUGUGCCUUUAUUUGGAAAUUCAAGUAAUGGACCUAGUGUUGCACAGCCAGCAGCAGCAGCAGCAGCAGCAGGAGGAGGAGGAACAGUGCCAGCAGUACCACUGUUUAAUUUUGGUGGUAGCAAAGAAUCUACACCUGACCCUUCAACUAUUUUUGGUAAACAUGCACAUGUUAGUAGAGAAGUGACCCCAUUUGGAGGAUUUGGAGUGACCCAGCAGCAACAGACACCACUGCAAAAUAUUUUUGGUCAGAUACCACCAACCCAACAGCAGCAGCAGCCACAGCAACAACAGCCAUCUUCUAUAUUUGGCUCGACACCCAGUGCACCAUUUAGUUUUGGCAGUGUAGCUUCUCCUGGUAAUAUUAGCAUGGGGAACAUACCAUCAGUAGGGCUACAACCUGUACAGGCACAGGUCAAUCCCCGUAGAAUGAAGAUUCCUAAAACAAGACGAAGAUAA